GACGACGGCAUGACGUCAUGAUUGUGUGUGUCUCAAUCUAAUAAAAGAUUUUGAUUGUCGCCCGCGUGUUUGUGCAGAUCAAACAGGUGCAGGUGUGAUGGACGCGCGGCCUCUCAUCUGCUUCGCUGCAGUGUUUAUUUUGGUGUCAGGUGUUUUUGGAGACUGCAGAGGAAAUCAGUGGCAGUGUGAUGAUGGCGUAUGUGUGCCACACAGAUGGCGUUGUGAUGGUGUCAGUGACUGCCAGGAUGGGUCUGAUGAGAUGGACUGUUCUUGUCCUCCAGGAGAUUUCGAGUGUGCGGAUGGUUCUGGGUGUGUGAUAGGAUCGGGGGUUUGCGACGGACGGGCCCAAUGUACUGAUGGUGGGGAUGAGCUGGAUUGUGACCAGAGGUCAGGCUGCCUCUCCAGUGACUGGAAAUGUGGGAACAAGAUCUGCAUCCCUCAAAACCUUCUCUGCAAUGGAGUCAAUAAUUGUGCCGAUAAUUCUGAUGAAGAAUCUUGUGAUACAUGUGGAAAGAUGAACAUCCGCUGUCCUGAUGGUACAUGUUUAACCCAGAGAGAGAUGUGUGAUGGAGUUGCUCAGUGCUCCGAUAGGAGGGAUGAGCCCCAUACCUGUGGUAAAAGUUGUCAGAAGGCAAAUGGUGGCUGCAGUCAUACUUGUGUGGACCAGACUUGGGGAGCGUUGUGCACUUGUCCCAGUGGAUUGACCCUCUCUGCAAAUGGGCUUGAUUGUGAAGAUGUGGAUGAAUGUUCCGAGUCUUUUGGGCCAUGUAUGCAUUUAUGUACAAACACACCUGGGUCUUUUCGUUGUCUGUGUCAGAAUGGUUUCAAAUCUCUUGGCAAUGGAUCUUGUGACGCUCAGGAAACCACAACAAAGAUUUUGACCACCAGGAAGGGGCUAAUUGGGCUUGUGAAUGUCAAGACUAGAGUAUAUGAGCCUCUUCUUUUAAGUGAGAGCAACCCCAUAGCCCUGACCUAUGAUAUUCAAAGAAAUCUCAUUUAUUGGGCCAGUAACAAUGGGAAUAUCUACAAGGCUUACAACCGGAAGAGCACCAUUCUUUAUUCAGGUCUGCCUGGUUUGGAGAGUCUAGCCAUCGACUGGCUUACUGGGCAGCUAUAUUGGACGAGUGUUACCCAAAAAGUAAUUUAUACGGGUGCAGCUGAUGGUAGCGCUGCAGCUGUAGUCAUAUCCAAAGACAUAAACCCAAGUGAUCUUGUUCUCAACCCAAUUGAAAGUUUCAUAUUUUGGAUCAAUAAAGGAAUGAGUGAAAAGGUUACCAUUGAGAGAGCAGCAAUGGAUGGUUCAAAUCGGACAACACUUGUUUUCAUUACAGCAGAGUUACCAAAAUGUCUUGCAUUGGAUGUGGCAGCUCGACGUCUGUAUUGGAUCAGUGAAUUCAAAAGGUCAAUUGAGACCAUCAGGACAGAUGGUACUGGGCGUUACACAUUUUGGGAUUUUUUGGAAAGUCCAGCUCAGAGCUUGGCUGUAUUUAAUGGCUGGUUCUACUUGGCGGAUGAAAAGAGAAUCUGGCAAGUUCCUCAAAAUCUACCCUCUGCAAAAAAUAAUGGCUUCCUCUUAAAAACCUCACUUCCUGUCCUGACGGUCUACCAUGAACUUCAACAGCCCCAAGGUUUUUCACAAUGUAAAAAUUCGGGCUGCAAGCUAUGUUUGCCCUCCAAGGAAAGUCCUGUUGGAUUUACCUGUUUAUGUCCUGAUGAGACAUUGCCCAUGCCUUAUGGAUCUUGUGAAAGUUUUAAGGUCGCCUAUGCAACAGCCUCAGCCAUUUACAAUCUGGAGUUUAUAGGAAAGACCCCCAUCAAAACUCAACUCUUUACAACGGAUGAAGACGUUCAGGCUUUUGACAUGCAUUGGAAACAGGGAUGUAUUGUUUGGUCUAAUGGAACGGGUCAUGUGAAGGCUAACAAGGUUUCUCAGGACUUGUCAGAGUACAUCCUUACAUUAAAACCUGCUUGCCUUGUGCGAGUUGAUCAGAAGACUGGGAAUCUGUACUGGCUGUCCUGUGAUGAGCUUACCAUUGGUGUUUCAACUAUUGCCCCCCUUCAUCAAAGUAUUUCCAGACAGUUAUAUCAAGCCAGAACUGCAAUCCUUGACCUCUUCGUGGACUGGCAGAGAGGAAAGCUCUACUGGCUAGAGGGAGAUCAAAUCCUGAGAAUGAGGCUAGGUUUGAUUGGUGGAAGUGCAGAAGUUGUCUACCGCUUUGAAGUAAAUGGUUUCGACCACAUCGUAUUCGACAGAAAAGCAAACGGCUUCCUUUGGAACAUUGAGUCUUACUUGCAGGUCAUGAGUCUGCUAAAGAUGAGGAAGUACUCAGCAGGUAAAAGGUGGGUCAUUCCCGGCUCCAUCAUGGCGGCUUAUGAACCGUAUAUGGUGGCGUUGUUCAAUGAUGUCCUGUCAGUAUGGAAUCGCAAAGAUGGAUCUCGUAUGUCAGGGGUUGCAGUAGAAAGUGGAGUUGUCGGCUUAUCAGUUGCUCUCAGGGAGGUCCAGCAAGAUGAAAUGGUUGAAGUGCGUCCUCCUAAGGUGACUUGUAAAAGCCCCCUGGUUUUGUGUCAAGGAUCUACUGUGUGUAUCAGUCAGUCUCAACUGUGUGAUGGUAAAAGUGAUUGUCCAGAUGGGUCAGAUGAAGCUUCCUGCUUGUACAUGUGUGAAAAGCCAGGUGACUUUCUGUGUAAGAACAGGAGGAAGUGUUUGGAAAGGAAUUUUGUGUGUGAUGGCCAAUCUCAUUGUCCUGAUGGUUCCGAUGAGGUUGGUUGUCCCACCAUGGCUCCUGCAACCUCAACCGUAGUGCCACUAAAGUGUCGUGUGGGAUCUAAACCCUGUAAAGAUGGAAAAGAGUGUGUUCUGUACAGUCAUGUGUGUGAUGGGGAGUUAGACUGUGAGGAUGAAUCUGAUGAAGCAGACUGUGAAUAUCAGUGUAAACCAGAUCAGUUUCACUGUGCUCAUGGGAGGAUGUGUAUUGACAAAGCGCAGGUGUGUGAUGGCACACCUCAUUGUCAGGAUCGCUCUGAUGAAAUUGACUGUUUUACUCACUCACACGACUGCAAACAUAGGUGUGACAAUAAAACUCUCUGCAUCCCAGAGAGCUUCCUCUGUGAUGGAGAAAAGGAUUGUGUGGACGCCACUGAUGAAGCUAACUGCACUCAGACUAACAGUAGAAAUCCAAAUUUGGUGUCGAAAAAAGUUGUCCCGACUUUUGCUACUCCACCUCCAUUCUGUAGAAGGCCUUCCAUAAUGUGUCCAGGAACAUCACUGUGCAUUUCUCAGAGUCGCCUAUGUGAUGGGAAGUUAGAUUGCCCGGAUGGUUCUGAUGAAGUUUUGUGCAUAGAUACUUGUGCCAAAAUGGGUGAUUUCCUGUGUAAGGACAGGAGGAAGUGUGUGGAAAGGAAUUUGGUGUGUGACGGCCGAUCUCACUGUCUUGACGGAUCUGAUGAGCUUGCUUGUCACAUUGUGGCUAGUCCAACAUCAACCACGGGGUCAUUAAAGUGUCGUGUGGGAUCUAAACCCUGUAACAAUGGAAAAGAGUGUGUCCUGUACAGCCAUGUGUGUGAUGGCGAGAUAGACUGUGACGAUGGAUCUGAUGAAGCAGGCUGUGAAUAUCAGUGUAAACCAGAUCAGUUUCAGUGUGCUCAUGGGAGGAUGUGUAUUGAUAAAAAACAAGUGUGUGAUGGCACACCUCAGUGUCAGGAUCGCUCUGAUGAAAUGGAUUGUUUCACUCCCUCGCACGACUGCAAGCACAUGUGUGAUGAUAAAACUCGCUGCAUCCCAGAGAGCUUCCUCUGUGAUGGAGAGAAGGAUUGUGUGGAUGCUACUGAUGAAGCUAACUGCACCGAGACUCGCAGUGGAAAUCUAAAUUUGGUGACAAGGAACAAAGUCGCCUUGACUGCUUCUCCACCUCCAUUUUGUAGAAGGCCUUCCAUAAUGUGUCCAGGAACAACAUUGUGCAUUUCUCAAACUCGCCUGUGUGAUGGGAAGUUAGAUUGUCCGGAUGGUUCUGAUGAAGUUUCAUGCAUAGAUACUUGUGCUAGAAUGGGUGAUUUCCUGUGUAAGGACAGGAGGAAGUGUGUGGAGAGAAAUUUGGUGUGUGACGGCCGAUCUCACUGUUUUGACGGAUCUGAUGAGACCGCUUGUCACAUCCUGGCUAGUAAAACAUCAACCACAGCGUCAUUAAAGUGUCGUGUGGGUUCUAGACCCUGUAAAGAUGGAAAAGAGUGUGUCCUGUACAGUCAUGUGUGUGAUGGAGAGAUGGACUGUAAGGAUGGAUCUGAUGAACAAAACUGUGAACGCCAGUGCCAACCAGGGGAGUUCGAGUGCAAGUCUGAUGGGAGGUGUAUUGAAAAGAACCUGGUGUGUGAUGGGACACCUCAUUGCCCGGAUGAGUCUGAUGAAGAAACUUGUCAAAAACCCUCUAAGAGCUGCAGCUUGCUGUGUGACAGGGACACUCACUGUAUUCCUGAAGUCUUCAUUUGCAAUGGGAUUAAGGAUUGUCAGGAUGGCACUGAUGAAGCCAACUGUGCUCAGACUAACAGUGGAAAUCUAAAUUUGGUGGCGAUGAACAAAGUUGCCUCGACUGUUGCUCCACCAUUUUGUAGAAGGCCUUCCAUAAUGUGUCCAGGAACAUCGUUGUGCAUUUCUCAGACUCGCCUGUGUGAUGGGAAGUUAGAUUGUCCAGAUGGUUCUGAUGAAGUUUCGUGCAUAGAUACUUGUGCUAGAAUGGGUGAUUUCCUGUGUAAGGACAGGAGGAAGUGUGUGGAGAGGAAUUUGGUGUGUGACGGCCGUUCUCACUGUUUUGACGGAUCUGAUGAGAUCGCUUGUCACAUCCUGGCUAGUAAAACAUCAACCACAGCGUCAUUAAAGUGUCGUGUGGGAUCUAGGCCCUGUAAAGAUGGAAAAGAGUGUGUCCUGUACAGUCAUGUGUGUGAUGGAGAGAUGGACUGUAAGGAUGGAUCUGAUGAACAAAACUGUGAACGCCAGUGCCAACCAGGGCAGUUUGAGUGCAUUUCUGAUGGGAGGUGUAUUGAAAAGAACUUGGUGUGUGAUGGGACACCUCAUUGCCCUGAUGAGUCUGAUGAAGCAACAUGUCAAAAACCCUCUAAGAGCUGCAGCUUGCUGUGCGACAAGGACACUCACUGUAUUCCUGAAGUCUUCAUUUGCAAUGGGAUUAAGGAUUGUCAAGAUGGCACUGAUGAAGCCAACUGUGGUUUUUUCAGUACUGCUCAGGUAAGCUGUCAAAGUCCCUCUGUUCUGUGUCCUGGAAUGUCAGUAUGCAUUUCCCAAGCUCAGCUGUGUGAUGGAAGAAGAGAUUGUCCUGAUGGAUCUGAUGAAGCUUCUUGUAUAGAUGCAUGUACUUCCCCAGGUGACUUUCUCUGUAAGGACAGGAGGAAGUGUGUGAAGAGGAAUUUGGUGUGUGAUGGCCUCUCUCACUGUCUGGAUAGUUCAGAUGAGCUUGGUUGUCUCAUAAUGGCUACUACAACCUCAACUAUAACAUCAUUAAAGUGUCGUGUGGGAUCUAAACCCUGCAAAGAUGAACGAGAGUGUGUCUUGUACACUCAUGUUUGUGAUGGAGAGAUGGACUGUAAGGAUGGAUCUGAUGAGGAACACUGUGAACUUGAGUGCAAUCCAGGCCAGUUUCAGUGUGUUCAGGGAAAGAAAUGUAUUGACUUCAGGCAUGUGUGUGAUGGAAUUCCUCAAUGUCUGGAUAAUUCUGAUGAAGCUGGAUGCUGGAAACCCACCAAGAGCUGCAGCAUGCGUUGUGACAGAAACACGCACUGUAUCCCAGAGGUCUUUAUUUGUAAUGGGCUGAGAGACUGCUGGGAUGGAUCAGAUGAGGCCGACUGUGCCAUGCCUACUCCACCAUCACCCUGCAAAACUCCUUAUGUGGCUUGUCAAGGAACAUCGCUAUGCAUCCUGCAGAGAUAUCUGUGUGAUGGGAGAAAAGAUUGUCCAGAUGGCUCUGAUGAGCGUCCAUGCCUUCGCAACUGCCCAUAUCGCAGUGACUUCCUGUGUAAGGACAGGAGGAAGUGUGUGGAAAAGAAGUUUGUGUGUGAUGGCCGAUCUCAUUGUCUUGAUGGUUCUGAUGAGAAUGGAUGCCCCACCAUAGCUACUACAACCUUAAUGACAGCAUCCUUGAAAUGUCGUGUGGGAUCUAAACCCUGCAAAGAUGGACUGGAAUGUAUCCUGUACUCUCAUGUGUGUGAUGGAGAGAUGGACUGUAAGGAUGGAUCUGAUGAAGCCAACUGUGAUGUUGAUUGUAAAGCAGGGGAAUUUCAAUGUGCUCAUGGAAAAAAAUGCAUUGAUGAAAAACUAGUCUGUGAUGGCAAACCGCAAUGUCAAGAUUUUUCUGAUGAGAAGGACUGCUUUGUACGCACUAAGAGCUGCAGCCAUCGCUGUGAUGACAAAACUCGCUGCAUCCCGGAGGACUUCCUCUGUGAUGGAGAGAGAGACUGUGUAGAUGGUACAGAUGAGUCUGAUUGUGGAUACCCUACAAAGGUAGUGGACUGCAAGAGUCCUGCUAUUUUGUGUAGUGGUGGGUCGCUGUGCAUUCCUCACACCAGGCUCUGUGAUGGCAAACGAGACUGUCCUGAUGGGAUUGAUGAAACGUUUUGUCUCGACCGAUGUCCAAACCCAGGUGAUUUCCUGUGUAAGGACAGGAGGAACUGUGUGGAGAGGAAUUUGGUGUGUGACAGCCAUUCUAACUGUCUUGAUGGUUCUGAUGAGGUUGGUUGUCCCACCAUGGCUACUACAACUUCAAUUACAGCGUCAUUAAAGUGUCGUAUGGGAUCUAGACCCUGUAAAGAUGGACAAGAGUGUGUCCUGUACAUUCAUGUGUGUGAUGGAGAGAUAGACUGUAAGGAUGGCUCUGAUGAAGCGGGCUGUGAAUAUCAGUGUAAACCAGAUCAGUUCCACUGCGCUCAUGGGAGGAUGUGUAUUGAUAAAAAACAAGUGUGUGAUGGCACACCUCAGUGUCAGGAUCGCUCUGAUGAAAUGGAUUGUUUCACUCCCUCACACGACUGCAAACACCGAUGUGAUGAUAAAACUCGCUGCAUCCCAGAGAGCUUCCUCUGUGAUGGAGAGAAGGAUUGUGUGGACGGCACUGAUGAGGCUAACUGUGCUCUUGUUAGUAGCCCUACCUCAGACACACCAACCCUGCCUGUCUGCUAUCCUCCAAAAUUAUUGUGUCAGGGAACCUCAAAAUGCCUCAUGCAAUUCCAGCUAUGUGAUGGAAAGAUGGACUGCCCUGAUGGAUCUGAUGAGCAUUCUUGUGUUUAUGCAUGUCCAGACCCAGACCAGUUUCUCUGCAAGGACAGACGGAAGUGCAUUCAGAAAGCCCUUGUGUGUGACGGUUAUCCACACUGCUCCGAUGGAUCAGAUGAGAAUCAGUGUCCCAAAUGUGCAUUGCAAUGUGAUGGUGGAAGGGUGUGUCUGACAAGGUGGCAAUUUUGUGAUGGUAAACCAGACUGCAGAGAUGGUUCAGAUGAGAAGAACUGCUAUGUUAAUCGUGUGGAUGCAAGUGCUUCAUUACCUCUGAAAUGUCCCCUGGCUUCCAAACCGUGUAGAGAUGGAAAAGAAUGUGUCCUGUAUAGCCAUGUGUGUGAUGGAGAAAAAGAUUGCAAAGAUGGAUCUGAUGAGCGUGGCUGUGAGCGUAAAUGUAAUAAAGGCCAGUUCCAAUGUGCUCAUGGUAGGAAGUGUAUAGAUCUGAAGCUUGUUUGUGACGGGACUCCACAGUGUCAGGACCGAUCUGAUGAAAUGAACUGUGUGAAACUUUCGGAAGAGUGCAGCCAUUCAUGUGACAAUCGAACCCGCUGCAUCCCUGAAACCUUCCAGUGUGAUGGAGAGAAGGACUGUGUGGAUGGAUCUGAUGAAGUUAACUGUGUGGUUGAUCACUGCCCAAACAAUAAUUUCCUGUGCAGUAAUGGUCAGUGUGUGGCAGUGACGCUUCGUUGUGAUGGAUACCCUGACUGCCGUGAUCACUCAGAUGAGAACGGCUGUCCUCAACCUCCACAUUGUCCUGCGGAGCAGCGCUGUCCCCACACUCACGAGUGUCUGCUCAAAGAGUGGGUCUGUGAUGGAGAUAAGGACUGCAGUGAUGGGUUUGAUGAGAAGAACUGCAAGGUGACUCCACUGAGAUGUGGGGAGUUCCAGUGGCCAUGUGCAUCUAAAAGUCAAUGUGUAGCCCAAAUUUGGAGGUGUGAUGGCAUAAAAGACUGUGAAGAUGGAAGUGAUGAAUCGGGAUGUGCUCAAGUGAAAUGCCUAACACAUUUGUUUCGAUGUGGAAAUGGAGAAUGUGUGGACCCAGACUUGGUGUGCAACAGGGUCCCUGACUGUGCGGACGGUUCUGAUGAGGGUGUGGGGUGUCUGAAGAGCGACUGCUCCAGAAUCAACCCGUCAUGUCAACACUAUUGCAUCAAUACUCCACAUGGAGUGAGAUGUGGCUGUAAGGCUGGCUUCCGUCUUCAGUCUGAUGGUUUAACUUGCACUGACAUAAAUGAAUGUAAAGAGAUUCAGCCUGCUGUCUGCAGUCAUAACUGUCUCAAUACUCUGGGCUCCUACUUGUGUCAGUGCCAUCCAGAAUAUAUACUAGAACCAGAUGGUCGGAGCUGCAAGGCCACAGAGGAGCCCAGUCUUUUGGUCUCUGAGCAAUACGAGCUGUUGUAUUUUGGACUGCGGAGCUUCAGUAUUCAAGCUCUCAUCACACCAGGCCGUAAGCCCAUCUUCUCUCUGGACUACGACUGGAGUGAGAAGAGGGUUUACUGGGUCAGUCUGGAAGAGGAGAGCAUCAAAUAUGCUUUCCAUGGAGAAAAGAACAACAUAGGCACAGUUGUCAAAGGGGUGAAGUCAGACUCCAUUGCUAUAGACUGGAUUGGAAGGAACAUUUACUGGGUCGAUGGUGUUGCUGGUCAGAUUCUGGCUGUGAGAAUGAGCGGUAGCAUUGUAAAGCCACAAAACUAUAUUGUAGUUCUGGAUGAAGAUUUGGAACAGCCUCGUUCACUUGUGCUUCUGCCACAGAAAGGGAUGAUGUUCUGGUCAGAAAUUGGAGGUGAAGCACAGAUUGAGCGUGCUAGCAUGGAUGGUUCAGACAGGAAGGUGGUGAUCAGUAAUGGUUUGAGCUGGCCUGUCAGCGUCACUGUGGAUACUCUGACUGACAGACUAUAUUGGACCGAUGAGAAACUCAAAUGUAUCGGCUCUGCAACACUGGAUGGAGAAAACAUGAGGGUUCUACAACUGUCUGAGAUGCCCAGUCCCUUCUCUGUAGCGGUGUUCAAUGACAUGGUUUAUUGGUCCGACACCCGAAGAAGAUCCAUUCAGGGGGCCUGCAAACUCACUGGCAAGAAUCGUAAAGUCCUUCUUAAGAGACCUGGUCAACCAUUCGGCCUCAAGGUCGUUCACCCACUUGUACAGCCUAAUGUGAGCAACCCCUGUGAGAGGAUGAAAUGUUCCCAUGUGUGUCUGCUCGCUCAAGGGCUUAAAGCUGUGUGCCGCUGUCCAGCAGGACUUCUGCUGUCUGCAGAUGGACUCACCUGUGUCUCGCCAGUUGAUUCUUCAUCUUUCCUUCUCCUGUUAUCUCCUACUGUAAUCACUCAGAUCUUCACUAGAAGCCUGCAAGGACAGACUGGAUUAAAAGAGUGGCCAGCGCACCGCGCUUUGGCUCUUCCUAGCGUGAAUGAAGCUUCCAACUUCGACAUGCUCCUCACAGAUCUCACUGUGUUCCUCGCCGAUGCUGGACAGGGCUCUGUAGCCCAACUGAAACUAGCCAGCUCUGGCAUCACACCAGCAGGACACAUAUUACAGCUUAAAGGAGACUUAGUGACCGCUCUCGCUGUGGACUGGGUCUCUUAUAACCUCUAUUGGAGCAGUGUUGGGAGUCCUCAGCUUUAUGUUACUUCACCUGGAGGAAAAUACACUUCGCUGGUUCUGCAGGCUAAACUACAGGGGACCGUCUCAAUUGCUCUGCACCCACCUACUGGCAGGCUGUGCUUUACUGCAGUGGGCCAGAAUGGACCCGAGCCUCUACCCCAGGUGGACUGCGCACACAUGGAUGGGAGCAAUCGCGCACUGCUGUGGAGCAAAUCAAAGAUGCCAAUUUCGCUUGCAUUUUCAGAUAUGGGAACAACGCUGUAUUGGGCCGAUACUGGUGCCGGAUCGAUUAGCUCUAUAGGUAUUGAUGGCUCUAAUUAUAAGGAAUAUAGCACCGGACCUGCUUUCAUUGUGUCUUUUGUUUUUGUUGAGAACAUCUUUUUCUGGGUCACUCUGGACAAUGGUACAGUUAAAGUGUGGUACACUGAUGGCUUCCAGCCCAAGCAGAUGUGGUUUGAAGUGAAGACAAACAUAGUAGAGUUGAAGGCUUACAGCAAGUCCAGUCAGAAAGGGACCAAUGUCUGUUCUAAAAACAAUGGAGGCUGCAGUCACUUGUGUCUGCCAUAUCCAGGUGGGCGCUCCUGUCGUUGUGCGCAGGACUACCUCUCUGUGAACGAGACUAAAUGUGUGUCCAACCUCAAGUGCCCCAUCGGCAGUAAAGCCUGCAGGGACGGCCUUAAGUGCAUCCAUGCUGCCCGGUUCUGCGACCAGGUCCCAGACUGCGACGACGGAUCGGAUGAAGACUGUGUGUCUGCAAAAACCAAACCAGGUCUCGAAUCUCCACAGUCCCCAUUCAACCUUCGUCCUCCACUCAGCUCAACUGCCGAACUUUCCCCACCUCAAAACUUUGAGGAUGCAGUGCAGAAUCUUGACAGUCAGUCCUGUGAUCCAGAGCAAUGCAACAACCAUGGAAAAUGUGUAAUGGUGAAGGGAGGGCUGGCAUGCGAAUGUGAGGAGGGUUACAGUGGAGACCUCUGUCAGAAUGCUGGCUCCAGCCGGACUGCUCUUGCACUGACCCUCACUUUCCUUUUUGGAGGUGCCCUGAUGGCGGCUGUUAUCGUGAAAAAAAGAAGGGCGCAAGCAGCUGGACAAGAUGGUACUGAAAAAGAAACGCUUGUGACUGACAAGGAAGAAAGCACAACUUUCUCUCAGAACUUUGCUAAUGAGCUGUAUAAUCCAGAAGAGGAUCAGAUUAGCCCAGCUGUCACCACACCUGUUGUCUAAUUCUUUCAUUCUUAAUAAAUGAAUAGCAAUAAAAAAAA